AUGGCAAGAAAAUGGGCCAGAAAAGAAUUGAAAAUAGCAACCAGCAGUGGAUCAUUGAAACUUGAAGCUGAUUCAUUAAGGAAUUUAUCCAAUAUUUAUCAAGCAAUCAAUGAUUAUUCAAAUGCUAUAAUUCUAUGGGAUAAAUAUUGCGCCCUCAUUUCUGAUCAAGGCAUUGAUAUUCGUCUUAAUGGUUUGCGCAGAUUAGCUGAAUUAUAUCAAAAAUUAAAUCAAUUUGAACGGGCUGAAAUGGCAUUGUUGGAAAAUUUAAAACUUACCAAGAAAAUUGGCGCCUAUGCACUAAUCAUUGAUGCGCACACUGAUAUCUAUCAGUUCUAUCGAACGAUGUAUAGAAAGGAUGAAGCGCAAAAGCAUUGGAAGGAAGCGCAACAAAUAUAUUUGAAGUAUAAUGUGAAGGAAAGAGAAGCUUUAAUUAAUGAAAUAAAUGGCGAUAAUUAUUUUGAUUGCAAUUCUUAUGAGGAAGCGAUCGAUGCAUACAAUCGUUGUUUAAUGCUUGUACAAGAAGAUGAUAAUCUUCAGAAGGAAGCUAAACUAUGCAAUAAAUUGGGAACGACACAUUGGUUAUUAUAUCAUCCAGACGAAGCACUGGCAUAUUAUCAACAAUCACUAAUUGUUUGUCAACAACUAUCCGACCUGGAAAGUAUGCUGGAAUUAUACAAUGCGAUGGCAAAUAUUCAUUUCAAGAAAGGAAUGAUGGAUGUAUGCCACUCAUGUCUGAGGUGUUACCUAACACUUGCUGUUAUAUUAUCAAAGGAUACAGCCCGUUUAAAUGCAUUCAUAUCAAUUGGACGUACAUUAUUAAUUCGUCAACGAUACAUAGAAGCAAAAAAAAUUUUUACAAAAGCAUUAAAUUUAACGAGUGAAACAGAUUAUCGACGUGAACGUGGCCUAAUUUACGGUUAUAUAGCGGAAUGUUACCUUGGAAUAGGUGAAAAAACAAAGGCAUCACUCAAUUUUUGCAAACAAAUUCCAUUUUUUGAUGAUAUCGAUGAUAUCGAAGGAAAAUGUGAAACGUUAAGACAUCUGAUCGAAGAGAAACGAUUAAUUAAAGAUGUUAAUUGGACUAUGCAAAUUUGUAACAAUAGAAUUGAGCUAUCACAAAUGGGAUCAAUUGAUUUACAGGUUGAAAUUUUGAAAGAAUCAGCAGAAAUAGCAACAAAUUUAUUAGAGUUAUGGGAAGCAUGCAAAUUUCUAGAGAAAGCAGUGAUAUUAUGCAUUGCUAACAAAUGUGGCAAUAUUUUAAAUUUGUUGUUAAAUUUAAAAAGUAAAUAUUUGAAAUGUAAUGCAAGGAAACGAGCCAUAAUGCUAUUUGGAGAAUGCUUAAAUGCUAUUGGAAAUGAUACAAAUGACCAAUUUCUAAUACAACUUGAACUUGGGAAGCUGGAAUUGGAUGAAGGUAUGACAAGUAAUGUUAUUGCUCAUAUCACAGAUUUAAAGGAAAAAUGUCAAGAUAAGAAUAUGAAGGCUACGUGCGAAUAUAUUCUUGCAUGCGCUUACUAUGACAAUAGGAAUUACAUCGAUGCCCUGUAUCACAUGCAGAAUUUUGAAAAUUUGAAAAAAAACUUAUCAGCAAGUCAAAAAGAAAUGCUUAAAUUAGAGCUUUUGUUAAUUGAAUGGAAUUGCAAUGCUUCUGAUCAUGCAAUUGAAGAAAUACAGGACAUUGCGGCAAAAACUGAUUCAUCAAUAAUUUAUCGAAUUUUGGAUGAAUCAUGCUUGUAUGAUUUGUUAAAUCAUGAGAAAUUAUCAAAAAUAGCAGCAAUUCACUGGAUGAUGACCAGAGGUGACUUUAUCACUGCUAAUCAUUUCUUCGAUUUGCACAAAAACAUUUAUCAAAAUGAUACUGAAUAUACUGCUGAUAUGGCAUUAUUAUAUUGGAAUGAACAAAAAUUUGAGGAAUGUGCCAAUUUUCUGGAAGAAUACUUAAGUCAUUAUUUGGAGAAAGAUAAUGUGGAAGAAGAUUGCGAAGAAUUAUCACUGAUACGCAUUUAUAACCGGCAACGAAUAAUUUUCGAUUUUCUUCAUAUCGUUUUAAUUUUAUGCAAAUGUAUGCUAUGUGCAGAUAUUGUAGAAACUAUUACGGUUGCUGAGAUUAAAUUUUGGCGAGAUUGUCAAAAUAGACAACCAUUCAUCGAGUACAGUAUGCCAACUAUACAAAGUUCUCGAGAAUACAUUCAAAACUUGAAGGAGAGCUUAUUGUAUUGUCUACAUUUGGAUCGUUACAAGUUGGUAUGGUACUUUGAAGUUGGUCAAACUGGAAAAUUGUACUAUUGUCUCGACAAUGCCGCCACUAGUAAAAUGCCAAUAUUUUUUGUGCAAUUCUUGGAUCAUAUGUUUCACAGCAUUGAUACCAUUUCGGCUUUAACUAAUGACGAAUUCGAGAAAUUAGUAUUCGAAUCGGGAUUCCUGGUAAAUGUGAAGCAUGCUGCUGAUAUCAGGAAGACACAUCUGAUUGCACUUAAUGAACCAAAAUAUACGAAAAACCGGAAGGAACCCGAAAUUGGAAUACUUUACGCAGGAAUGGAUUCUGCGACUAUUUCUUGGGAAUAUGUCCAUCCAAAUGAUAAAACUGAUUUCCUCUAUAAAAUACAGGUAUCUUCGCUAGUAAUUAUUGAUUUUACAAAAAUGUCUACUGAUAUUGAUAAUGUUAUCAAUUCGCACUCCAAUAAUGACAUUGUUAUUUUACUAAAUAAUAAAACAGAUGACGCAAUUAUCAAUUUUCGAAUUGCUAAUACCCAUUGUUUAUUGGAUAUCAAACAGCAAUCCAUCCAGUCAUUAACGCCAUUUUUCGAAAAGCUUAUCAAUGGAUAUUCGAUGGAGGAAUGCGCAGAAUUAUUACAAUCUGUAAAUGUACGACUGUUUGGCGAUCGCUCUUCCAAAGUUCGUUUGAGCCGAGCGCAAUGCACACGGAAGAUGAUUGUCGAUAUGGAAGAUGGAUUGCUCGGUAAUUUAGUAAUUAAUGAGGAUGAUCAAAGGGAAAUUGAUAACUUUAAAGGAUUACCAACAGAAGUACAGCUUCAUUUGUUAGAAAUGAUAAGAUAUCAGGUGAAAACAAAUGAAAUCCAACUAUUUAUGGAGAAACUAGAGGACAUCUGUGACCACUGCAAAGAUCCAACAUUGUCGAAUAACUGUGAAGUCGAUAAUUAUCUGGAACAGAUAUCUGUCCAAAGAACGCAAAAUGAGCAAAAUUUUAUUCUACAAUUUAUUAAACAUCUUUUCAGAGAUCAUCUUUAUGGUUUAUAUGACGAAUUACAAACUUCAAAACUGGAUAAUCUCGAGGAAUUGAUGAAAUCAUUAGCAAAUAAUAUUCGUAUGAUGAGGAAAAAACAACGGAGGAAAUUAAGAGCACGAGGAUAUCAUUCGGAAGGCGAAAAUUCUCGUCGCAGUUCCAUGUCAGAAAAUACUGAUUCAGAAGCAGUUGUUGUUGAUGUUGAACUUCAAGAAUCUGAAUAAUCGGCAUGUUUUCUAUGCGUAAAUUAUGCGUAGAUUACAACUCAUUGAAAAUAUUUUUGAUUAAAAGAACUGUCAUAAAUUGUUUUUGAUGUCACCAGAACCAAUAUUAAACACUUAUUAUAAAAUAAUCACUAAAAAUUGCAGAAUGUAUUACCUUUGGAAAAUUUUGGAAAAAUUGAG